AUGUUGCCAAACCCGAACCUCUACAAUCACCACCAAUACAACCCACAUGCCGACCAGUCAUGGAUGCACCAACAGCAAAGCCACCAGCACCAGGCCCAACAGGCUGCUGCCGCCGCAGCCGCAGCUCAGCAGCAGCAUUAUAAUCGAUUAGCAGGUGCCCAUAAUAAUGUAUCUACGAACAUCGGCGCAUCAGUUGGUGGUCAUGUUCAGGAUAACGGCUUAGAAAACGUGUCAGAGGAUAAUCGUCGCACGUUGACCUUCGUUGCCGACCUACUUAAUGAGACUACGCGCGAGGCAGCUCUCCUUGAACUGAGCAAGAAGCGAGAACAAGUGCCUGAGCUCGCCCUCAUCCUGUGGCAUUCAUUUGGUGUGAUGACUUCUCUUAUGCAAGAGAUUAUCUCGGUUUACAACCUCCUUAACCCUUCGCAGUUGACCGCUGCUGCUUCUAACCGAGUCUGCAAUGCGCUUGCACUCCUGCAAUGCGUGGCAUCGCAUAAUGAUACUAGAACCUUGUUCUUGAAUGCCCAUAUCCCUCUUUUCUUAUACCCUUUCCUGAAUACUACAUCCAAGUCUCGUCCGUUUGAGUAUCUCCGUCUGACGUCGCUGGGUGUGAUCGGAGCCUUAGUUAAAAAUGACUCUAGUGAGGUGAUCAACUUUCUACUCACGACCGAAAUUAUCCCCCUUUGCCUCAGAAUCAUGGAGACUGGGUCUGAACUUAGUAAGACAGUUGCCAUUUUCAUCGUACAGAAGAUCCUACUGGAUGAUAAUGGUCUUAACUAUAUCUGCGCCACGUAUGAACGCUUCUAUGCCGUCGGAACAGUGUUAAGCAAUAUGGUUGCUCAGCUUGUCGAGCAGCAGACUGCUCGCCUCCUUAAGCACGUUGUGCGCUGCUUCCUCCGCCUGAGCGAUAACGCCCGCGCUCGCGAGGCUCUCCGCCAGUGCCUCCCGGAACCGCUUCGCGAUGCCACCUUUAGCUCGGUCCUCCGUGACGAUGCGGCGACCAAACGUUGUCUCGCCCAGCUAUUGAUUAACCUCUCUGAUAAUGUCGUGGAGUCCAAUAGCAGCCAUGGGCUAUAA